CGGCCACCACCUCCACUGGGGAUGGAGCAGUUUGUCAGGAAGCGUUUGACCUUCCUGACAUCCUUCUGGAACAAGCUCCGGCCUCGCUCCGUGACUGAGAGCUGCUCGCUGGGGUAUCUUGGUUCCGAUUCCGUUUCGCUGCACUCGGAGCCCAACUCCGUUUCCUUCCUCCCCAAGUCCUCUCUCUUCAUUGCUUUAUACACGUUCACAGCCCGGAGCGCCGAGGAACUGAGCGUGAGCGCAGGGGACAAACUGCGUGUCCUCAGAGAAGAAGGGGAGUAUGUCUUUGCCCGGAGGCUGCUGGGGGAGCCAGCCAUGGGCUACGUUCCUGCUGCCUAUGUGGCCAACCUCAGCCAGGGCACCUCUACGCACCAGCCCUGGUACUUCAGCAAGAUCAGUAGAAAUGAAGCAGAGCAGCUUCUCCUGUCACCUCCCAACCAACAUGGCUCCUUCCUCAUCCGUGACAGUGAGAGCAGCAAGGGCGAGUACUCUCUCUCAGUGCGCAACCACACCAAGGUCAGCCACUUCCGAAUCUGCAAGAGCCCCAGGGGCAGCUUCUACAUACAGAAGGGACAUCCCUUCCCAGACAUGGAGGAGCUCCUUGCCUUCUACACCAAGCACUGGAAGGUCAUCCAGAGCCCCUUGCUGCAGCCCUGCAGCCCCGCGACCCCACCCGAGAGGGACGGCUGGGAGCGCCCACGCUGGGAGUUCACCCUGCGGAGGAAGCUGGGAGAGGGCUACUUCGGAGAGGUGUGGGAAGGGCUGUGGAGGAACACGGUGCCAGUGGCCAUCAAGAUCAUAAAAGCUGACAUGAAGGCAGAAGACUUCACCAAGGAGAUUCAGAACCUGAAGCGCCUGAGGCAUGAGAAGCUGAUCCAGCUGCAUGCUGUCUGCUCGCUGGACGAGCCUGUGUACAUCAUCACUGAGCUCAUGCGGAAAGGCAACCUCCACAGCUACCUCAACAGUCCUGAAGGGAAGUCCUUGGGCACCUCCCACCUGCUCAACAUUGCCUGCCAAGUAGCAGAUGGGAUGAGGUACCUGGAGGAGAAGCACAUUGUCCACCGGGACCUGGCAGCCAGAAACAUACUGGUGGGAGAGGAACUCACCUGCAAAAUUGCUGAUUUUGGACUUGCUCGUCUCCUCAAGGAUGACAUUUAUUCCACCAGCAGCAGCACCAAAAUCCCAGUGAAGUGGACAGCCCCAGAGGCCGCCAACUACCGCACCUACUCCCUCAAGUCUGAUGUCUGGUCCUACGGGAUUCUGCUCUAUGAAGUCUUCACGUAUGGUCAGAUCCCAUACGAAGGAAUGACGAACCAAGAAACCGUACGGCAAAUCACCAGGGGCUACCGCCUUCCCCGGCCCAGCUCCUGCCCACCCGAGAUCUACAGCAUCAUGCUGGAGUGCUGGAAUGGCAACACAGAGGAGCGUCCCACCUUCCUGGCCCUGCGGGAGAAGCUGGGCUUCAUUUACAGACGGCUGCUCAGCUCCCUCUCCUGAGGGACCCCUUCCCACCAUCCUUCCUGCACAAGCUCCUCCAGGCCAACUCUUGCCAAGUGGCUCCUUCCUUCCGGUUUGCCCUCUGACAGGGCUUCAAAGAAUGCACAUCCUCCCCUCCCUCCCCCAGAAAACAGCCCGUGGUCCCUCUGUCAGGAUGCAGGGAGGUGGCCAAGGUGGCCAAGGGAAAAGGCAACAGGUGGGGAGCUCAUUGCUGGCACUUGGCUGUGGAGCAGUCUGGAAGAGCCCCGUGGUAGUGAAGGCAGCACCCAGAGUUUACAUCUUCAUGUAGGGUGGGAGGUCCCUGCCGCUCCCCACGCCGACGUGAAGGUUUGCAGUUUGUGUUCAGUUGUGGCUCUGCUUGAUUUUUCUUGUAGUGUGUGUCCAAUGUAUUUAUCAAUAAAACGUGUGCAUCCAUC